AUGUUCCACGAAACCUCAUCAUUCAUUUCCGGCCAAAACAGAUACAUCAAAGCUGACGAAUCCACAAAUUUCAUCGAAAUCAAACUGAAGGAGAUGCUGAAAAAACGGGACGAGGAGCUGAAAAAAGCGAGAGAUGAGAAAAAUAGGUUGGAGAGAGAAUUGAAGACACGAACUCAAUAUAAAAAGAAGAGAAUUCAAACGGGAGUUGAUGAAAAGUUGAAUGAGAAGACGAAGGACUUUAAGGAUUCGGGAAAUUCUGAAAAUUCAGAAUCCGGCGAUUCUUGGGAAUCUCCAAAACCCACAAACGAUUUGGAUCAGAUUGAAGUUCGAAAGACACUUUUGGAUUUGUUUGAUUCGAUCCAUGAAAUGAGAGAGAAGAAUAAAGAAUUGGAAUUUUUGGCUGAGCAACGGAACAAAUGGACUGAGAAGUUUUUUGAGGAGAACCAAUCGUUGGUACCAAAAAUGAAGAUUGAUUUGAAUCCCAUUAGUCUCUCGGAGAAAGUUCUGGAAUUUGUGAAAAAUCUGAAACCGUUAGAGGAGGAUGAGCAGUUGAAAGAGAGUGAAGUGUUGCAGUUGAGAGCCGAAGAAAUCAAAUUUUUCGAAUCGUUGGUUUGA